AUGGCCUUUUUGAAGCAAUUGAGCUGGCAAUAUACCAGCUCAAUUGCAUGGCUCCCUCCCUCCUCCGACCCCCUCGAAACCACCCUCGGAAGCCCUCGCGCGAGGCACAAACUCCCCCGCCUCCCCCGCCCCUGCCUCCUAGCCGAACUCGCUGCCCCUGUUGACGGUAGCAAGUUCCUCGACUUGGACGCUUGGUCCCACGCCCUGGACGACUGGGCCAUCAAGGAGAAGUUCUCCUGGCGGCUCCAGAGAAGGGACAAAGACGGGGCAACUGCCGUUUGUCCUGAGGAGGGCUGUGCCUGGUGUGUCCGAGCCAGCCCUGACGACGAGCUUCCAUUGCUUGUCAUCGGGGCUGGCUCAGACAUGCCAGGCACAUAUGAGAACGGGGGGAGUUUCUAG